GUUAACCCGAGAGAGCAGGUUCUCCUCCAAUCGCUAACACGAGCAAGAACCACUGGUCUGCUAGAAAGCAGAGCCUUCCCUCCUGUCCUGCUCACUUCUUUCUGAGGGUGGUGGUUGUCCAGCCGGGGAAGAUCUCCCAUCGCCUCCAGCCAGAGACUGGGCAGGACUUGUCAAGGAGAUGGCGGCCAGUUUCCUCUCCGACCUUGUGCGCUACCGGCGAUUCUUCCAGAUGACCCUUGUGUUGGGUCUGGGCGGGACCCUCCUGGUGGGCUUCCAUGUCUCUGUCAUCACCUAUCCUUCCCAGGACAUAAAGAGAUUUAUCAAUGCAACGUGGAUGGAGCGCCACGGGUCUCCCCUCCCCCAGGAAACGGUGGCCCUGCUGUGGUCCUUCAUUGUGUCCAUCUACUGCCUGGGGGGUUUCCUGGGCAGCCUCUCGAGCCAACCCUUGAGUGCCAGAUAUGGAAAAAAGAAGACUCUGCUGUUUGGUGACCUGUUUGCCAUCUCAGGUGCCCUGCUGCUCGGCUCCAGUAAGAUGGCCGGCUCUUUUGAAAUGGUCCUGGUGGGCCGUUGCUUGUAUGGCAUCAGCGCAGGUAUGUACAUGAACACGUACGGACCGUACCUGGGAGAAAUUUCACCUAAGAAAUUCCGAGGCUUUGCCCUCACCACAGGGGCUGUGUUUUUUUCGUUAGGAAAAGCCUUGGGACAGAUUAUGGGCUUAAGAGAUAUUUUGGGCACCCCGUCUUUGUGGCCGCUGCUCUUGGCCCUCUGUGGGAUCCCUGCCUUGCUGAACCUGGUGCUGUUGCCGCUGUUCCCGGAAUCGCCCCCAUAUCUCUUGAUCGAGAAGGAAGACAAGGAAGGCUGCCUACAAGCCAUGAAGGACCUCUGGGGAGACGGGUGCCAUGAAGGCGAGAUGGAGGACAUCAUGAAGGAGAAGGAGGCUACUGGGAGCAACAAGAGCUUGAAUGUCCUGGAGGUGCUGAAGGGCCCGUCCUUUCGGCGGCCCCUCGCCAUCACCAUCCUCCUGAUGAUGAGCCUGCAGACCAACGGCUUGAGCGCAAUCUACUUCUAUGCCUUUGAAGUUUUCCGCACGGCCAAGCUGGAGGAAGCCCUCAUCCCUUACGUGACGCUUGGCAUGGGUCUUUGUGAACUUAUCUCUGUUAUCCUGUGUGUGAGCCAAGGCCAACGUCUGCUACCCCUUUCCCCUUGCCCUGGCUGCAGUUGGACUGAAGGGGAUCUUCAAGCGCUGUUUGCUCCACCACCCAGGCCAAGUCUCAAACGGGGCUUGGCAGAGGGAUGGGAGGUCUCUGUCAGCCUCCCCUUUGGUCUUGCCCAAGGCUGGGCCCAGGGAGGCCCUGCAUUUCAUCCCAGAGGAGGCUCAUGGGUUCAUGCCCUCUUUAUCUCAAGCACAAAAUGAUGGUGGUUAAAAUUUUUAGGUGGUAGCCCUUCCCCUUCCCCUCUGCUUUGACUUCUGUCCCUCUGAGAGGGUCCCCAUGGCCUCCCAGCAGGUGGAGACGGGGCUGAGUUUGGUGGCGUUUGUGUAAAUAGAAAUAGAGCGGAAAGAGUCACGUGCCACCUACCUGAGCACGGAGGCCUCAGCUGGAGAGCCGACUGCUAUUGACUGGAUGGUGGGAAAUGGACCUCUGUAGGCACCUCGCCUCCUUGCUCCUGAGACACCACGAGAGGCCGUAGAUUGCAUUGACCCCCUUCCGGUUGGGGGGCAGCUCCUUGGGUGGGUGCUGUCGCUUGUGAUUUGGCUGCUUCUUUAGCAUUUCUCUUAAAUGGAGCCGGGUUUGGUUCUCGUGUACGGACCUUAAUCUCUAAGUCACUCAGUUCUAGACGUGCCCAUUGUUAUUGCCUUUGGCAUUUGGGCUAGGAUUUUCUCUCAUCGAAACCCCAUGCUUGGAGUGAGCCUGGGCGACUGCCCUGCUGGAAAGGCCGCCUCCCACUGGCAGCAGGAUUAUCAGAGCCCCCCCCCCUGCCCCCAAAGGCCAGGUGAAAUCCCUCCAUGCACCAAGAACAAAACUCAGGACGCAGACAGAGGAAGAGCUUUCAUUUGGAGAGGGAAAGCCUGUGCAUCGUGUCGCAGUGGCUGUAAAAAAAAACAGAAGCUUGGAGCCUCUUGCAGGCUGAGCCAGUGUCCUUGGCCCGAGAGUCCAUGGAUCACAGCCCACUUCUUGGGAGGCACCAACGCUAGCAUGCAGCCUCCAGGUGUCCAUGUCCCGUAUAGCGCCUGGUUAUCAGGGCAGGGUGGAGUAAACUAGGAGAAGGAAGAUGAGCAUCGUGUCAUUGCCAUGCAGGUCAUCAACCUCCAAAGCACUGUGUGUGUGUGUGUGUGU